UGAACGUUGUCGCGUUGUCGCGACUCUCGUUAGACGGCUCUGGGUUGUUCUCCACAGCUGCAUCCGGUUUCACUCUUGCACAGAAGUUUGCUGCUUUUUUCUCCCACCAACCUGUUUCAGAAAAUGAAGUCAGUGGUGGUAAACUCCUUCACCGAAGUCUAUCGCAACAUGUAACUGGUUGAUGAUUCUAUUUGAAUGAUAACCGACGUCACACGGAAGUCAAGGAUGUGUGAGGAGUGAAUGGGGCUCCUUACAAUCAAAGUAACUCCUGUCCGAUACAAGACAUGGACUUGACAGGCGUGUAGGCUUCAGCGACAGCGCGUUGUGUGAUGGUUCGUCGUCCUCUUGGACCACUGUGAGAGUGAACUAUGGUGCCAUUGAAGCGAAGGAAAGUCGUGGGGAAUUACACUGGGGCUGGCCACGGUGGAGAUAAUUCACCAACCAAGUUCCCGGAUGUGCUUUUAUUCCUGUUGGAAAGAAAAAUGGGAGCCAGUCGAAGAGCUUUCCUGUCUCAGCUCGGUCGAAAGAAAGGAUUUCAUGUGGAGGAGUUGUUCAGUGAAAGCGUCACACAUGUCAUUUCUGAAAACAACUCUGGCUAUGAGGUCAGGACGUGGCUGGACUCGCAGCGCAGGGCUCAGGGCCAAAUGAUGGCUCACCUUCUGGACAUCAGCUGGUACACAGAGAGCAUGCGUGCAGGACAUCCUGUUCCGAUCCUGGAAAGACAUAAACUACAGGAGCAGCAUAAUGAUGAAGGAGAGGCUGUGGUGUUCUCAGUGCCCAGCUUCGCCUGUCAGAGAAGAAUCACUCUGGACAACCAUAACACCAUCAUCACAGGUGCUUUGUCGCUGCUGGCUGAAAACGCUGAGCUGAGUGAAGAGGACGGGCGAGGCGUUGCAUUUCGCCGGGCCGCCGCCGUGUUGAAGGCCCUCCCCGAACCAGUGACGUGCAUGACGCAGCUCAGAGGGCUUCCCUGUCUGGGAGAACAUUCCCUAAGAGUCAUCAAAGACAUUUUGGAAAAUGGAGAAUCAAAUGAGGUGGAAUCGAUGAAGCAGUCCGAGCGGUUUAAAGCACUAAAGGUUUUAACAGGUGUUUUUGGAGUUGGAGCAAAGACAGCGGACCGAUGGAUCAGAGAGGGGAUACACACUCUUCACCAGUUACGGGAUUCGGGACACGCACUCAAUCGAGCACAACAAGCAGGUGUGGAGCACUAUGACGACCUCAACCAGCCGGUCACUAUGGCGGAGGCUGACGCUGUCGGAGAGAUCGUGGAGAAGGCCGUCGUCUCUGUGUUACCAGGAGCGCAGAUAACUCUGACGGGAGGAUUCAGGAGAGGAAAGCCUUCCGGUCAUGAUGUUGACUUCCUCAUAACCCACCCAGAGGAAGGCAGAGAGGAGGGACUGAUGUCAAAAGUGGUGUCCUGGCUGGAGUCACAGGGUUUCCUGUUGUACCAUAAAACUUCAAGAAACUCUUACCUGGAGUCUGCGAACGGGCCUGCCCGGCCUGCUUCCAACAUGGACCGAUUCGAGAGGUGUUUCUCCAUCUUUAAACUGGCCAAAGUGGAGGGAUGGGGAACAAAUCAGACAGGGACAUGGAGAGAAGGUGGCAUGCAAAAUCUAAAUACAGCAGAGGAUGAGGAUGAGCAUGAGGGCUCAUGUGGUGUCAGGGGCCACGCCCGGAUAAAUCCUGAGGACUCUCGUCUUCAGAAGGGGAAAAAUUCACAUUCACAGAGUCAGAUUCACACUGGUGAACAGAAAUACCAUGAGUUGGGCAAAGAUGCGGGACCGGAGGAGACAAGACCUGCUGGACACAAGCCGUGGAGAGCUGUGAGAGUGGACCUGGUGGUUUCUCCUAUCAGCCAGUUUGCUUUUGCUCUGCUGGGCUGGACUGGAUCCAAGUUGUUUGAGAGAGAGCUGCGACGUUGGGCGGGACAGGAGAAGGCCAUGUCUCUAAGCAGCCAUGCUCUGUUUGAUAAUAAACAGAAGAGGUAUCUCACAGCCACGUCAGAGGAGGAGAUAUUUGGUCAUCUCGGUUUGGAGUUCAUUCCACCGUCAGAGAGAAAUGCCUGAUGAGAAACUGCUGCAGGAGGGUGAAGCAGGUACCAUAUGAGGAUUAUGAACUGGAGAAGUUAGGGUUAAUGUUGCCUCACCUUACUAAAGUGGGUGGUCAGAUCAGGGGAAAGCAAUGACUCUACAUCAAUGGAUGACGCGUCUCAACUUCCUCCCACUAUAGAAAAAUAUAGCCAAAAUAUCUUGGAUACAGGCACUGCCAUAAUUUGGAGUCAGAUUCUGUGCAGUAUGGUUAUCAUGGUGUGGAGCUGUGAUAUUGAGGUCCCAAGCACGACCAAUCAUUCUCAUCUGUCAAUCAUGACUUUUCACCACAUUUUUAUAGCUUCAACUAACUAAUUAAAUACAAACUUAUCAGAAAAAUGAACACCUGAACAUCAGUGUGAUAAGAACAACCUAAAAUGUAAAACGUAAUUGACGUGUAGGCCUACUCCCAUCUGCUAGCAUGGAGGAGGCAGGAUUUAUGACCUAUACUGCAGCCAGCCACCAGGGGGCGAUCCAGAUGUUUUGGUUUCACUUUUGGGGAGCUGUCUUUUUGUCCAUCUUUAUAUACAAUACAUGGGGAAAAGGUGGGCCCGUGUUGUGUCAUGUACCAUGAGACAACUCAAACAGAACCAGUAAGUUUGAGUUGCAGAUACGCGUGUUUAUCUAGGGUGUAUUCCAGGAAGCAGCUUUAAAAAACUCUAAACUUAACCCUGAACUCUGACUUAAUCCACUCUCAGAUGGGAAACUCAGAGUUUUCGGUUCCAGAAAAAGCAGUUCUGAGUUAGUUAGAUCAACUCUGAUUAUUUUCACAUGGAGUUACGUGUGUGCCACCUGACCAUAGUAAGCCAUCAUCAAUGGAGCUCCGAUACUAUGGGUCACCAUGGCAACCAAGGCGAAAACAAGGUCCUGCUACGUCACGCCAUUAGAGUUGGGGAUACUACGUCAUUCUAAUGGAGAAAAUAAGCAUAUUCUGAGAAAGUGGAACAUCACAGCGGCUGUUGAUGAGGAGAGACAGUUGGCGUGGGAGGAAAUUACUGCCCGAGUUGACACGUAACACUGAAUAAAAUAAUGAUAGUAGAACAAUGAAAUAAUAAUAAUUGUUGCUCACGUCUGAAAAAGUGUAAUCUUAUUUAAUUAUAUUUAAAUUAGAUGCAAUCUCACAGUCAAAAAAAUAACGUGGCUGCAGCUAAAAAAUAAUUAUAAGAAUACAGUUCAGAUCGGGAAAGCAUAUGGUUUUAAUCAGAUUUCGCAAAAAAACAACAGUUGUAGACAUACUGAAAUUUAACGGAUUUAAGCUUUCUGUGACACUGAUGUGACCCUUUGAUAAACAACAAAAGAAAAGAAGAAAAAAAACACUCACAAAAGAAGUUAUGUAAAUAAAUAAAUAAACUCAGGUACAGUAAAGUCCCAACCCCUUUCAUCUAUCAAAAUAAGGUGACCCCCAAACCCCUCGCAAAGGUAUCCACAUUUAAGUGCUUGUGGAGGGAUAUGCUAUAGAAUUAAUAGACAGAGUCCUACUCUGUACAAAAUAGAACUUAAAAUAAGGCACCAAAAAUGGCAAGUUAUAGUAUUACUAUUUUUCAACCCAGAAGGCACAUAGUAUUCUCUAGUAUUCUCAGCUUAAUCAGAAAACUGCGCACCUAACUAUAGCUGAGAUCAAGGAUACAUUUGGUGUAAAACAUAUAGAUCACUUAGGAAUCAAUCUGUGCUUUCAUAAAUUUCCCCUCAAAUUCGUAGAGUCUCUUGUGGCUGAAUCUCUGUUUAAUCUAUUCUUUGGAAAAGUGGAUAUUCCCAUGAUUAACAAGGAGAUGUCUGCUGAUUUGGAAGAAACAUUCUCAAUACAGGAGCUUAAAAACACAGUCAAUUCCAUGAAAAAUGGAAAAUCUCUGGGACCUGAUGGGCUCCCAAGUGAAUUCUAUAAAAAGUUUACUAUUCAACUUGCUCUUAUUUUUCUCUCCUAUAUGAGGAAUCACUCAACGGCUCCUUCCCCUCAACCGUGCGACAGCCGGUUAUAUCACUUCUCCCCCAAAAGGAAAACGACCAGUUGGAAUGCGGCGCCUAUAUCGCCCUAUCUCACUUUUAAACGUGGAUAGUAAAAUUCUUUCCAAGAUGUUGGCCUGGAUCAAACAGGCUUCAUUCAAAAUCGUUAUUCUUUUUUUUAAUAUACGUCGGCUAUUUAAUAUUCUCUAGAACCCUAAUCCAUCUGAUGUACCAGAAAAACUAAUAACGCUGGAUGCUGCGAAGGCAUUUGACCGGGUGUAGUGGGAUUACCUUUUCUUUACUCUUAAAUAAUUUGGACUUGGCUCAAAGUUUAUAUCUUGGAUAAAGGUGCUUUACUCCUCUCCACUGGCAGCUGUUCGUACGAACAACAAUCUUUCCUCCUAAUUCCCAAUUCAUCGCGGCACUAGGCAGGGCUGUCCCCGCCUCUUUUUUACCAUUGCUGCUGAACCGCUAACAAUAGCCUUGCGUAAUGAUGCAGAGAUCAAAGAAAUGAAGAGAAAUGGUUCGGAGCAUAAAAUAUCACUUUACGUUGAUGAUAUGCUUUUAUAUGUGUCCGACCCUUUAAGCAGCCAACCAAAAACACAUUCUGGCAGAAUUUCAGGAUACACAAUCAAUCUACAAAAGAGUGAGAUCAUGCCACUAAACGCUGUAGCUGAGUCUGUCGUACUUAGUAAAUUGUCCCUUAAAGUAAGUCCACACAUAUUUAAGUAUUUGGGAAUCUGGGUCACACACGACUUUAAAAAACCUUUUUAUAGCUAAUUUCCUACCGCUUAAAACAAGACUUGCAAUGUUGGAACCAGAUACCUUUGUCAUUAGGAGGAAGAAUCAAUAAAAUCAAAAUUAAAGUAUUUAUGCAUUUCAUUAUAUUCUUGUCUUUAUAGCAAAAUGUUGUUUUUUUAAUCUAUAGACAAACUGUGAUCUGGGUUCAUUUGGAAUAAGAAAAAUCCCAGAAUACGUAAAGGUAUGUUACAGCGGCACCGCCAACACGGGCUAUCCCACCCUAAUUUUCAGUUGUAUUACUGGGCAGUUAAAAUAAGGACCAUGUGAUAUUGGAAAGAGCUCUCAUCACUUGAUGCCGUCCCCAAAUGGUUACAAUUACAAUUGGAGAAGUUAUUGUGUAACCUCAUAGUUCAGACAAUCUUUCUCACUUAAUAAUUUUUCAAUAUAUACCUCUAUAGUAAGGAACCAUCUAUUUACCCCACCAAUCAUAGAUGGAGCUUUUGAUGUGUGGGUUAAAAGAGGGAUAACCACUUUAAGAGAUCUGUUCAUUGACAACACUUUCAAAUCUUUUGAUCAGUUAGUGUUGAAAUUUAAUCUCCCCCGUUCUCAUUUUUUCAGAUUUUUGCCAAUCCGUAGCUUUAUAUCAACAUCCUCAACCUAUUUUCCAUCACAACCACCCAGUUUUCUUCUAGAUUCUGUUCUAAAACUUGACCCAGGCCACAAAUGGUCUAUUGGGACAAUCUAUUCAUUACUAAACUCCUAUAAUUUAGAACCCCUUCAUUCGCUAAGGAAUCAAUGGGAGGGAGAUUUGGCAGAAAGCCUUGGAUAGGAUACCCUCCUCCUCAAUCUGUCCUCAACAUACAACUAUCCAGUUCUCCACAUCCUUCGAGGACGUAGCCCACUCAGCCUGACGGAGGCGAUACUCCUUCGUCGGCCAGGUAGACUGCGACAGGGGAACCUAAAUUAGACGGUCUGGUCUACGGCAGAGCUUCUUCUUCCUGUUUCACUGGCGAGUCGCAUUAUCGCCACCAACUGACUUGAUUAGGGAUUACAUUUAUCCUUGAGAGGAGAGCAUGGCUAAAACACUUCACUUUGAUGAUAUAAUUCUAUAUCUAAUAAUUAAAUACAAAUUCAAGGGAAUUGUACUUAAACAUUAGUAUUUUCAAUUUGAUGCAAAGUUAUACUUCUAUUCCACUACAUCUCUGAGGCAAAUGUACUCAGAUUACAAUUUGUUUUACCUUUCAUAUCCACUGAAAGCCACAUAUCUCAAGAUGUAUUGAUCUUAAUAUGAUGAUUUUAUAGAACAUGUUGCAUUGCUGAAGGAUUAAUUACUAACGGAGUAGAAAGGAGUUAAAAUGAGCUAAAUUUCACACAUGCUCAUGAAUUUAUAAAUAAUAGUAUUUAAAAAUAAAUAAAAAUAAAUAUAUAUAUAUAAUAUUAAACCACUGACUGGGACCAUUAGGACAAGAUGAGACUUAAUUAAUCCCACACUGGGGAAAUUCAUUUGUAAGAGCAUCAGCAAGAGUCAUUGGGGAAGAGGUGGAUAAUAAAAUGUAGCAAAAAAACCCAAACAAUAAAAAAUGGAAAAGAGCUAUAGAGACUAAAAAGCUGAAUACAUAAGGCUAAUGUGCAGUUGUCUGGAUAAAAAAUAUGACAAAUAAAGUAAGUGUUGUAUGGAUGUGCAGUAAAACAAUAAUAAGAAUAAAUAUGUAUUUACACACACGCAUUGAGGCCCAGCAGAGGAUGUACUUCCUGCGCUAGCUCAGGAAGUACAACCUGCCUCAGGAGCUGCUGAUCCAGUUUUACACUGCAGUCGUCGAAUCUGUUCUCUGCACUUCAAUAACUGUCUGGACAUCACCUGUUCCAACUUCUCCCCUCUGGUAGACGAUACAGAACACUGUUCACAAGAACCAGCAGACACGGGAACAGUUCCUUCCCUCAGGCUGUCACGAUGUUGAACAGUUGAUAUCAUAGUGACAUGAACAAUCCUCUCAUAACAAUAAACCCAUAUUUAUAACAGCACCCUCUUGCACUACUCAUGUUUACAAUAUUUAUUCUUAUUCUUAUUUUUUUAUAUAUAGACUUUUUAUCCUGUAUAUAAUAAGUAAAUGUUAUUUGUUUGUGUGUACCUGUAAAUUGAGAGAGUGUAAAAAAAGCCGGAGUCAAAUUCCUUGUACGUGUUACUUGGCCAAUAAAACCGAUUCUGAUUCUGA